CCAUUCGUAAUGCCUAUAAAGCGACGGGUAUUUGGCCUCAAUCUUCUAUUCAACAAGCCACAUCAUCUUUGUUGGUUCAAAAGUCUACUAAUUCGAAGCAUUUUCAUUCUACUCGUUUAAAUGUUGAACAACUAAUAGAAGAAAAUAUAAAACUUAAGAAUGAAAAUGCUUUAUUAAAGUCACAAAUUUCA